CUCGCUCCCUUCCUCCCUGUAACUGAGCAGUGAAAAUUCAUAUUGUGGAUCCACUAACAGGCACAGAUGUCAUGUGAAAACGCACAUGCUCUGCCAUCCACACCGCCUUUCUUUUCUUUCUGAUUCCUCUUUUUUUCCCCCUGGCUCCUUCUCCCUCUUCUUUGUAACUAACAAAACCACCACCAACUCCUCCUGCUGCUGCUGCCCUUCUUCCUCCUCCUCAGUCCAAGUGAUCACAAAAGAAAUCUUCUGAGCCGGAGGCCGUGGCAUAUUUAAAAAGCAAGCACAUUGGAGAGAAAGAAAAACAAAAGCAAAGCAAAACCCAGGCACCAGCCAGCCAGAACAUUUUUUUCACCCUUCCUGAAAACAAACAAACAAACAACCAUCAAAACAGUCAUCACCACCAUCAUCAAAACUGUUAACAUAGCAGAGGCGACGGCGGCAAACGUCACCCUCCGGCCACGGCGUCCGCCUAAAGGGAUGGUUUCCUCAGCAGAGCAGCUCUUCGCCGACCACCUUCUUCACUCGUGCUGAGCGGGAUUUUUGGGUUCUCCAGGGUUUGGGCUGGGAGCAGCUUCAUGACUACGCGGAACAGGAGAGCGGCCACACCAUGCGAGCACAAAUUGAAGUGAUACCAUGCAAAAUUUGUGGCGAUAAGUCCUCCGGGAUCCACUACGGAGUCAUCACGUGUGAAGGCUGCAAGGGAUUCUUUAGGAGGAGCCAGCAGAACAAUGCCUCUUACUCCUGCCCAAGGCAGAGAAACUGUUUAAUUGACAGAACCAACAGAAACCGUUGCCAACACUGCCGACUGCAGAAGUGUCUUGCCCUAGGAAUGUCAAGAGAUGCUGUGAAGUUCGGGAGGAUGUCCAAGAAGCAAAGGGACAGCCUGUAUGCGGAGGUGCAGAAGCACCAGCAGCGGCUGCAGGAGCAGCGGCAGCAGCAGAGCGGGGAGGCAGAAGCCCUGGCUAGGGUGUACAGCAGCAGCCUCAGCAACCUGAACAAUGAGGCCGGUGGCACUUACGCCAACGGACACGUCAUCGACCUGCCCAAGUCCGAGGGUUACUACAACGUGGAUUCCGGCCAGCCAUCCCCUGAUCAGUCAGGACUUGACAUGACUGGAAUCAAACAGAUAAAGCAAGAACCCAUCUAUGACCUCACCUCUGUACCCAACUUGUUUACCUAUAGCUCUUUCAACAACGGGCAGUUAGCACCAGGCAUAACAAUGACUGAAAUCGAUCGAAUUGCACAGAACAUCAUUAAGUCCCACUUGGAGACUUGUCAAUACACCAUGGAGGAGCUCCACCAGCUGGCAUGGCAGACCCACACCUAUGAAGAAAUUAAAGCGUAUCAAAGCAAGUCCAGGGAAGCACUAUGGCAGCAGUGUGCCAUCCAGAUCACUCACGCCAUCCAAUACGUGGUAGAGUUUGCAAAGCGGAUAACAGGCUUCAUGGAACUCUGUCAAAAUGAUCAGAUUCUACUUCUGAAGUCAGGUUGCUUGGAAGUAGUUUUAGUGAGAAUGUGCCGUGCCUUCAACCCAUUAAACAACACUGUUCUGUUUGAAGGAAAAUAUGGAGGAAUGCAAAUGUUCAAAGCCUUAGGUUCUGAUGACCUAGUGAAUGAAGCAUUUGACUUUGCAAAGAAUUUAUGUUCCUUGCAGCUGACUGAAGAGGAGAUUGCUUUGUUCUCAUCUGCUGUUCUGAUAUCUCCAGAUCGAGCCUGGCUGAUAGAACCAAGGAAGGUCCAGAAGCUUCAGGAAAAGAUUUAUUUUGCACUUCAACAUGUGAUUCAGAAGAAUCACCUGGAUGAUGAGACCUUGGCAAAGUUAAUAGCCAAGAUACCAACCAUCACGGCAGUUUGCAACUUGCACGGGGAGAAGCUGCAGGUAUUUAAGCAGUCGCAUCCAGACAUAGUGAAUACACUCUUUCCUCCGUUGUACAAGGAGCUCUUUAAUCCUGACUGUGCCACCGUCUGCAAAUGAAGGCAAAGACAGGACUGUCUCAUAGCUAUGGAAUGCAUCACCAUUAAGACAAAAGCAAUGUGUUCAUGAAGACUUAAGAAAAAUGUCACUACUGCAACAUUAGGAAUGUCCUGCACUUAAUAGAAUUAUUUUUCACCGCUACAGUUUGAAGAAUGUAAAUAUGCACCUGAGUGGGGCUCUUUUAUUUGUUUGUUUGUUUUGAAAUGACCAUAAAUAUACAAAUAUAGGACACUGGGUGUUAUCUUUUUUUAAUUUUAUUUGGGUAUGUUUUGGGAGACAACUGUUUAUAGAAUUUUAUUGUAGAUAUAUAUGAGAACAGAGCGGUACUUUACAUGAUUACUUUUCCUGUUGAUUGUUCAAAUAUAAUUUAAGAAAAUUCCACUUAAUAGGCUCACCUAUUUCUAUGUUUUUAGGUAGUUGAUGCAUGUGUAAAUUUGUAGCUGUCUUGGAAAGCACUGUGCAUUAUGUAAUAAGUAUAUAAUAUCUGAGCAUAUUAUAUAUGAGAAAUACAUGCACAUGCACUGUGGCUUAAAAUAUCAUACCUACUAGCAAAGGAGACUCAGUCAGGCUCUUAUAUUAUUUACCUUCUGUGUUAUAUGUUACCUUUAUGUUAGACAAUCGGGAUUUUGUUUUCCCAACCAGAGUUUUCAUCUAUAGUCAAUGGCAGGAUGGUACCGAUUCAGAAAUAAGUCUACAAAAGAGUAAUUAUAAUGCACAGCCUUGGUAUAAAACUCUGUUUCUGUCAAUGACAUCAAAGCCUUGUCAAGAUGGUACACAUUGGGGAAAAAAAUACAAGUAUUUGGAGCCAUUUUCCUGUUUUAAGAAUUAGGCUACACGUAAUAUCGUGGAGUCCAGGACUUUUUUGACCAAACAAUAGAUUUUUCACCAGAACACACAAAACACUUUUUUCUUUGGCUUUCAGAUUGUGAAAGAAACUUGAUUUUGGUGCUUACUGUGUCUUCAACAGAGAAACGCAGUCUGUAGAUUAUGACCACCAGCAAUCUUUUCUAAUGAAAUUAGAGUAAAAGAAGUAAAUCAGAAGCCAGGGUCCCAAUGCCAUUUCCUGUAAACACUAUCUCUAACCAUUUUUCUUGGCAAAGAAGAAAUACAAAAGAAAUACACAAAGAAGUAAUUCUUUAUAUGUAUUCUCUUUAAUCUUCAAUACGUCUUUUUUUUUAAGAAAAAGCAGCAAUAAAGGGGGAGGCAGGACUUUUUAUGUCCUUUAAUCAGAAGCAUCUAAUUUUUUUCCAACUCCAAUGUACUGUUUUCUAAAAAUAUAGCAAAAACUUAACAGAUUGGGAAAAAAGACCCGAGUUAUUUUAUAAAACAAAUACACCCCAAAGCCAACACUAUUUUUUGUGCAGUUUGAAAUGACUUCCUCCACCUAGCCUAGGAUUAUUUGCUCAGCAACUUUUAAAAGUACAAAAUGCAAGAGGUGAGAUGAGGAUUCAGAAAUUGAGGCUUCAAAGUACAAAUUCGCACUUCUCCACCUGUUCUUCCAUCAAUCUGACCACCAGAAAAAGCACAAACUCUGAGGAGUGAGCUCUGCCUGUGGUCUGAGGCCUUGUGCCUUUGGUCUUAUUUGGUCCAAAAUAAGAUUUUUUUAAAGGGAGGUAGAGGAGAGCUUUAUGUAUAAAACAAUGAAAAUUAUGAUCUCCCGUAAGUGUAGCCCAGCCAUCCAUGCAUGAAUACCUGCCCCUUUUUCCUGGUCAAAGACACCCACACGUGCACACACAAGCACACCUGCUCCGUGAGGUUCCCAUGAGGGGACGCUUCGAGUUCUUGGCCAUCUCCUGUGCCGUCCUGAAGUUCCAAGGCUGAGAGCCAUCUCCACGUGGCCACACAGCUCCCCACUGAUGAUCACACAGUCGUGUUCAUCUUUGCUUUUAGAAAACAGAGUCUUUUCCCACCUCAUGAUUGAUGAAUUCCAAACCAAUGGGGAAAAAUAAAAAGACUUUAAAAUAAUGAAUCUCUUUCUCAACUACUGUUAUAUUCAAUUAAUUUAACUACAUUGAACCACAUUAACUUCAGUGUCUAAGAAGACAGCUGUAGACUGCUUAUUAUGCCGCUACAGGGACGCCAUUCUUUUUGGUGUAAAUGUCACUCCUGCUAGCUCUUUGUAUAAAGAAUUAAUUCCAAGAGUCAUAUUUCCUUCUAAUGGAAAGAUUACUUUACUGAUUGCUAGGAAAACAGGGUAAUGGAAGGCGCUCAAUUAAACCAAGCCGUUUCCAAAUGCAAUGUAUGUUUUAUGAUUGGCUUGUGAUAGGCAACGUGCAAUGUGUCUACUUGGUGUUUCCCUUUGAGCUUUGAACUUAUGUCAGACUUUGUUUUCAUCGUUCUGUGGGCCUAGUGUUUUCCAUUGUCAGCCUGUAAUUCCUGCUCAGUUGCAAAGAGGAUCAUUUGUUUCUCCCAAUUUACCUUAGAGGAUUUAAAUCGGCUCAAUUGAUGAAGUGGCUGAGAAUUUUUUUCUUCCCUUGUCCCAUGGGUGGUGUAGGAAAAAGAUUGUUCCCCACAUUUGCCUCAGGAGGUACUGGAUUUGAAUUUGUGUCAUUUCCACUAGUGCAAGCAUUUAAUUGGGACGGCACAAACCUUUUGAAGCAAGGGGACAGGAAUCGGCUAGAGACCGAACCAGCGCAGAACGGUGGAAACCAGUACGCACUCGGCCCACUUCAGCUGAGAAGAGAGAUUUCUGGGUUUUCGCCACGGUUGCCAAAUCUGUCCCUUAGAAGUGAACCAAGUGACAUUUCCAAUGGUAACAAAGCACUUUUAACAGCUGCCCUUUAAACAUCUGCUGUGACUCCGUCUCGAGGUAUUUUGAAAUUUUGGUGAGAACAACUCCCCUUACCACGUGCAAUCUUUGUCCCUCCCCCAGGAACACUCACCCAUGUUCACAACACAUUGAUGAGGAAGUGUGCACUGGAGGAAAUAGCCCAGGGUCUGUCCUUUCCACUCCACGCUUCGUAAACGACAAUCACUGCUUGAUGCAGAUGUUGCACUGUAUCCACUCAGGGAUGUUUUAUUUUUUAAAAAAAGGUACAUCAAGGAGGAGGGGAGAAGGAAAAAAACAGGAAAAUGACAACAAAAUGUAAAGGGCAUAAACUCAAUAUGCCAAUAAGAAAACCUCUCUGACAAGGCUUUCAGACUAACGAGCGGUAACUUCAUGUUGUAAAUUGAAAAUUCAAACUACUUUUACCAUGUGGACUUGCUGACAGGUUGCUCGCGAGUAAGGACAACUUAGUCUCAUUUUCUAACAUCUGCUAAGAGCCAGAUGAUGCAGCUGCUCCUUUUAUGGACGGCGUAUCCCUCAGCGGGCCCAAGCUGCCUCUGCACAUCCUGCACAAGGGAAGACAGAGAUCUCGAUGGCAUUAGAGGAACUUAACAAGGGAGGUGAAGCUCUACUUGAGGUCUGUGAAAGGAAAGGCAAAUGUUGGAGAGAAUGUAGGAGAAAGGGGCAUCCCAAAGCCACCUAACCUCUCUCAUACACCCCCACUGUCCAUGACUUGGGCCACCUUUGUGUCCCCUUUUCUGUGGCUCUUUUAUCCCCAAAGACUGAAAGCCGAAGGUGAAGAUGUACUCUUCAAACACAGCCUUCCCAGAUUUCCCUUGUUUUACUACUGUUUUCAGGGCUCUGGAUUAAAAGACCACUGGUUUGGUAAAAACAGAGGAUACAGUGGUAUUCUCUGAAUUACAUGGGUAAUCAGACUUUUUUUGACAGAAUUAAGAAACCCUAAAUUAUAAUGAACUCUGAAUAUUAACAAGAGGUGUUGGGGAGGCAUCAGUAUAUUCUCUCUCAUCUGUCUGAUCACAGCAGUCAAGCUGAACUGUUUGUAGAAAAUCGUACACGUGGAUAGUCAACUCACACUCACUUCUAUAGUCCCACGUGUGCUAGGUUGGAAUGCAAAAACAAUUCUUGUGUCCUGAGGACAACCUAAAAUUUAAACAGCUUUUUAAAAAAAUGUCAGACACAAAUGAGGUAUGUUUUGUUCCAUGUUCUCUGUUUUCAUUUAUUCUAGAUGCAAGAAAAGUUCUACUUCUAUUGGAAUUUAGAAGAAAUAAUUUUUCCUGACUCUUUUUUUCUCUAUAAGCUUUUGUUUCCCAGGAAGUUAGUGCGAUUGGCAGUCAGCUCAGGCGAGGAUGGCUGUGCCCGACAGAACCACCAUUCAACAGAAACAGCCAUAACUUUACGGUGUGCAUCUGUAGUGAAGUUUUGCACAAAGUCCCCCGUAUAAAGAAAAGCAAAAAGCCCACCAUCUGCUUUAGAUGCUGUGGUAUUUGACUUUCUGUUUCUGUUAGUACAAGGAGCAACUCAAUAUAAGAAAACCACAUGGGUCUUUAGUGAAGAGUUGACAACCAUUUGGGGUGGGAAGGAAACAUCAGGACCAGGGAUACAUGUUCACUUAAAGCAAGGAUUAAAAUUCAAAAGCCUAAAAGGAGGGAGCCAGGGAGUCGAUGCAAAAUGAGUACAGGAGUCCACUGGUGCACUGGCAAGGAAAUGUCCCACCCACAAGAGCCAACCAGUAUCUGCUGAAGCUGAAGAAAGGCUGAAGCUUCUGACCCUCUUAAAAUGUCUUGAGCUGUAAAUGUCAGUUGAUUCAGAGCUUGGUGCAGCCCAGACAAACAUAUCUCUGAGCAGAAGAGGGUUCACAUUUUGAAAUGUCUGGUUUGAAGCAUAGUCAAAUUUAGGGGCCUAUUUGGCUGGAGAAAUCUGGCCAGAUACAAUUCUGAAUGAUGUUGGGGGAGGGGGAGAGGUGGAGAUCUUGCCCUUCUGACACUCAAUUUGGUUUCCAUAUUUGACUAUCACUACUACAGCAUAUAGUAAGAGGUCAGCUGGAAAAGCAGCAAUCUAAAAAUGAAAACAAUUUAAUGAAAGACACUUCUGUUUGUCUUGCGCAGACUCCCAGCUUCAUAGAGCCAGUUGGCCAGAUUUCUUGCCACUUUUUUUCCAAAAUUCAAAUGCACAAUUUUUAUGCUUUUGGGUCUCGAUGUGUUUCUUUAAACGCGUGGCUUCCCUAUCUGCAACCAGUUUUUAUGUUCCCUCGGUCAUGUCUAAAGAACUUAUUCUAGGGUCAUGAGAAUUAGUCCUUCGCUGUUCUGAAGUGCGGGACUGUGGAUUCCUAUGCAGCGGAGGCGGGCUGUCUGUUGUGCACUUUUUUCCUAAGCUGCUGAAAUUCCUCCGAAGUGAAUUGGCCACAGCAACAAUGCCUCCUGCGUGACUGUGAACACGACCUCCAGUGAUCAGAAAAAGCAGCUCCGUGAUUGUUGUCACGGCCAGAAAUAAAGCACAAGGUUACGGGAAGUGAAUAACCCAGCUGAGGGAAGUGCAGGGUGUCUGUGCCCCAGCUGGACAGCACGAUCCUUAUCUGAAGCUGUGUCUAUCAUCCUGGCGGCGGCUGCCGGGGAGCGUGUGCACGCCUCUGUCACAGCCACAGGCAGACACACACUAGGUAUGUCCCACAUCCAAGCACAGCACCGUCUGCUUCAUCUGAUUCACACACACACAAGAAUGAAAACUACACCCACAGAAAACUGAGUAUGUAUUGUAGAAAUGUAGAGGAAAAAUAAAAAUAUUUUUUCAAAUGUAAUUACUUUUAAUAUAUGCUUGUGGAAGGUCUAAUAUGAUGUACGCUGUCUCUGUAAUUUUUGCUGUAAAUAACUAGAGACAGUGAAUACACUGAUUUUUCUAUGUCUCUGUUUAAGCAUAAGACUUUGUAACAAUUUUUUUAGAGGGGGAAAAACCAACAAAGAGCAAAUAUGUACUUGCUUCCUUUCUGCGUGUUAUGUACUUCUCAGAAACUGGUGUAACGGUUGAAGCAUCUUGACAGGUCAUUGGUGUUAACUGUACGCUUCUUUGUGUGAUACAGCUGAGAAAGGGACAGGGCUGUCAAUUAAAUCUGCUCCAAAGAAUUUGCAUUGAAGAUUGGCCUAAGAACUGCAAACCCUACCUGAACUAGACAAUAUGAAAAA